AUGCGUCUACCCUUGAGAGUUUCAUCUCUCUGGGUGUUACUUCUCGCUGAACUGGUCUCUGCCACCGAUUACAUCACAACCGAUGCAUUGGAAAUCUGCCAACCCAACUCCGCUAUCAGCGUGAGCUACUUUACCGCCAAAUUAUCACGAGCUGGAGAGCUUACCCUCGCUUUCGUUGGAAAUGUGGGCAUCUCCGGCAAAAUCACAGCCGACAUCCAGCUGUUGGUGUACGGCUACAUGGCUGUCAAUGAGACCAUCAACCUUUGUUCUUUAGGUGUCGAUAGUCUCUGCCCGGUCUCAUCGGGCGCUCUUGAUAUCCCGCAGGCCACCGCGAACAUCUCCUCCAUUCUUUCCGACAUUCCCGGGAUUGGAUACACGGUGCCCGACCUAGACGCUACCAUCGUGAUCUAUGUGAAAAAUGAAACAACGGGAGGCAAUAUCGCAUGUCUCUCCGCCGAUCUUGCCAACGGUCAUACCGUCGAUCAACCCGCAGUCUCAUGGGUUCUCGCAGUAAUCGCGGGCCUCGGUCUCUGUGCAUCCGCACUUUCUUUCAUGAGAGGCCACCUGAAUACCGCCACACACCUAUCUUUUUACUCACUAGCUCUUCUAGAGUUAAUGCAACAGCAGGCAACGAUCGGCCUCAGCUCCGUCAACCUCCCACCCAUUGCACAGUCAUGGACACAGAUGUUCCAGUGGAGCAUCGGAAUCUUACAUGUUGGCUUCCUACAGACUCUCUGCACCUGGUACUUGCGCUCAACAGGUGGCACACCGUCCGAUCUCAUGACCGAAGCAAAAAGCGUCUCUGUGAUUACGCAAAAACGCAGUCUUGUCGAAAACUCCCACAUAUCAACGAAUCUUCUCAAAAGAGCAACAUCCGCCAUAUCAACCACUUCAGCCGAUUCAACCAGUACAGAAAUCACCAUCAAGGGAAUCCGCCGCAUGGCCUACCGAGCCAGGAUCGAACCCACCAACAUCUUCAUGACAAGCUAUUCCGUGUUCAUGUUCUUCGGCUGCAUAACGGUAUUGAUAGUACUGGCUUUCAAAUUCAUUUGUCAAGCCCUGGGGAAAUCAAACAAGCUCCCCGACCGACUUCGAUUCGUCGCAGCAGGCUUACAAACCACCAGCCGAGGAAUUUUGCUCCGCUUUAUCACGCUCGUCACGCCGUCAGCAGCAGCGUUCUGCUUCUGGGAAUUCACUCGACUCGACUCAGCCGGCGAACUCGUCCUAGCCAUUUCAUGGUGGGUCGGCAUAACAAUUUGUCUAGCUUUGACAGGAGCCAAAGCCAUAUACCACGUUCAAAAAUCCCGAAGAUCAGGCAUCAGUGCCUCAUACGUUCUUUACUCAGGUCUGGAUAAACUAAGCCGGAAGCUGAGUUUCCUUCACGUUCACUAUACCGCAAACACCUAUUACUUUUUCGCCAUCGCACACCUCUACACUCAACUCAAAGGCAUCGUCAUCGCAGUCUCUCAACACGUUCCAAAAACGCAGGCCGUCAUUCUCUUGGUCAUAGAUGUUAUUAUGAUGGGACUCGUCAUUUGGCUCCGCCCAUACAUGGAUAAAAGCAUGAAUCGAUUCGGAGUCGCAACAGCCAUCUUCGGCUUCCUGAAUUCGCUCUGUCUCCUCUUUUUCUCGGAAAUCUUCACCGGACCCAAAAUGAUGAACAGCAUUAUCGGAGUCAUUUUUUGCGUUUACAAUGCGGUCUACAUGCUUGUUUUGGCUAUUUUCCUUAUCAUGUCUUUCGUCUACGCCUUUGCCCUAAAGGACCCUGAACGUCGAUACCAACGCGUCAGUGACAACCGCGACUCUUUUAUCGACUUGCAUACCGCUGUUCCUGAUGAACUGGAAGAUUUGAGCGCCGCUGCUCAAGAGCCCAAACUUCCUCCACAGUCAUCCUCGAGCCUCUUGCUCAGUUCUCACAAUGGGGGGCACCCGAGGUCUCGUGAUACAUAA